UGGAGAUGACUGACAGUGAUAUUUAUUCCAUGUUAGAGUUGCCUAACACAGCACAAGCCGAGAAUGACUACAGAUCACAGCAAAAAGCUUCUUCCAGGCCUUCUCUUGCUUGCCUUGUGGCAAUAGCUCUGGGGCUUCUGAAUGCAAUUCUUAUGAGUUUACUGCUAUACCAAUGGAUUCAGUGCCAGGGGUCCAACUGCUUUACUUGUGCCAGCUGUCCUAGCUGCCCAGAUCUCUGGAUGAGACAUGGUAACCAUUGUUAUUAUUUUUCAAUGAAGAAAAUGGACUGGAAUUCUAGUCUGCACUUCUGUUUAGCUGAAGACUCAGAUCUCCUGAUGAUAACGGACAACAAGGAAAUGAGCUUGCUUAAAGAUUUCAUCCGUGAGAAUUUUCACUGGAUUGGUCUGAGGAAUAAUUCUGGCUGGAGGUGGGAAGAUGGAUCAGCUUUAAACUUGUCAAGGAUUAUUUCUAAUAGCUGGAUACAGACGUGUGGUGCCAUCAAUGAAGAUGGUCUUCAAGCUUCCAGCUGUGAAGUUCCUUUGCAGUACAUCUGUAAGAAGGUCAGACGUUGAUGCAAGGCAGAACUGUACUGAAUCUCAGAUCUGUCAUGUAUAUUUGAAAAGAGGGGAGUGGCCAUUGGGCUUCUGGGCCAGCCAUGGAAUAUAUUUAGUGAAUGCAAAGCCUACUAACAUAAUGGUAUUAGAUGAAAGACUAAUGUGGCCUCUAGAGAUUGAUACUGUACUGCUGGUUUCUCUUUGAGACAAUUUAAGUAUUAUGUUAAUAAUAAUACUUAAAGAUCAUAUUUAGGCAAAUUUAUAAAAUAGAUAAAAGUUUGCUUUUAGUAGUUUCACGCUGUCUGCUCAUGCUGGUUCCCAUAUUCCCCACCUCUACCAUCUCUGUCAAAGCUAUACCUAGUCUUCUAUCAAAGGCUGAAUGGAUCAAGAAAUGUUGUAUACAUACAUAGUGGAAAAUUAUUCAGCCAUCAACAGAAUGAAAUCCUAUCAUUUGUAGUAACAUGGAUGAGCCUGGAGAAUAUUAUGUUAAGAGAAAUAAAUCAGACACAG